UGCACUUACCGUCAGGGAGUGUGAAGAUGCGCUCAGGGAUCUCUUCCUUGCGGCUCAAGAGGAGGUAACCUUUCCAGACACCACACUCAACCGACUUGCUGUGUUCAGGGAUGAAAACACUGGACUUGUGCUCUGUGGAGGAAGGUUUCAAAUCUUUAAUGAGGAUAAAACUGCAGUACCAAUCUUGCCUUUCACAUCAUGGAUAUCCACUCUUCUAGCUCAAGAAGCCCACAAUGCAAAUCAUGAAGGAAUUGCAGGUACACUCCUCCGGAUGAGAAGGAAAGCCUGGGUGGUAAGAGGCCGGAAACUAGCUCAAAAGAUUGUUGACAACUGUGUGACAUGCAAAAAAGCCAAGGCCAGAAGAUGUCAGCAGAUCAUGGGUGACCUACCAUCUGAGCGAAUAACACCAGCCAAUCCAUUCGAGUACACAACAGUGGACUUAUUUGGACCUUACGAAGUGAAGGAUGAGGUGAGAAAGAAAGUGAGGCUCAAAGUGUGGGGAAUUGUCUUCUGCUGCAUGGCAUCCAGAGCUAUGCACACAGACCUUGUCAGUGACCAGUCAGCUGAAGGCUUCCUGUUGGCCUACCAACGAUUCACAGCACUGAGAGGGCAUCCAAAGAAAAUGUGGUCGGAUCCUGGAAAGAACUUUGUUGGAGCCAGGCCUGCCCUCAAAGAGCUCUACCUGUUUCUGGACCAGCUAGAAAAGUCAAAGCUUGAAAAUGAAGCCUCAAAACACGGCACAGAAUGGAGCUGGAAAAUCCAUCCAGCAGACUCGCCUCACAGGAACGGAGCUGCCGAAGCUGCUGUCCGCACCGUGAAGCGGGCUUUGCACAAUCUGAGAGGUAAUGGAGUCUUCACAUGGGGUGAGUUUCAAACCUUCCUUUAUAUGGCUUCCAACCUCGCCAAUGAAAGACCUAUUAAUGCCAGGGAUCAAAGCGGGGAGGACUGCGUAGAAUACAUCAGCCCAAAUUCACUUCUGCUUGGAAGAACUGGACCCACCGGAGAUCCAGGGACCUUUGACUUUGAAGGCUACUCUUACAAGAGGCUAAGAGCCAUCCAAACAGAAGUUGACCGGUUUUGGAGGAAAUGGAGCCAGUUAGCAGGACCAAACUUGUUUGUCAGGACCAAAUGGCACACAGCACACAGGAAUGUGGCCAUUGGAGAUGUUGUCUGGCUGGCUGACCAAAACACCCUGAGAGGUCAGUUUAGGCUUGCCAGAGUCGUUGAUGUCAACACUGACAAGAAAGGAGUUGUAAGGGAUGUGCAUGUCAGAACCUUCCCCAGCUACCCAGUCUCAACUGUGAAGCCCACUCAAAAGGUGAAGAAGCCAGCAACCAAAAUACCUGCAACAGUUCUUCACAGGGAUGUCAGACGGAUAGUUGUCCUGCUUCCAGUUGAAGAGCAACAACAAAAUUGAAAAUGGAACAGAUUAGUACAUUACGAACUGGUGUGACCUCCUUGGGUUGGAGAACCAGGAGGUCAAGUGGGAGGUGUUGUGUCAAAGUCCAAUAUUCACAAAACACAAAAACAAAAUGCACUCCAGACCUGCAGAGGGCAACCACACACAAGAGGUAGUAGGAACCAAAAUAGCAGGAAGUGAUCCCAGGGGGACCAUAUUCUGCUGCACACCAACUGGGAAGGCAUGAUACAAAAUGUUUGGUGGUGGUUCAGUUGGCCCUUUCACCUGCUGCUGGAAAGAACAGAAGACCACAACUCCUUAUCAGAUCAGAGAUGCAACUGGUUAUCAACCUAUUUCUCAACUAUUUCACACCACUCUGUUUAACCAUAAAUCACCAACCAUCUGCAAGAAAAUAAAAAACCAAAGAAAAGUGGAAAAUGAGUUGUUCCUUUGUAUCCUUCGAAAACUGAUAAGGCCGUUUUUCAAGUUUGGGCAAAGUUGUGGUGAAAAAAGAAGACAGAACUUGACAGUGUGCAUCCGCUCAAAGCCUAAGUUCACAAAACCUCAAAAAUUACCUCAAACCAGCAGAAAGCAUUUAGAGCGACAAACUUUGAAGGAAAUCAGGUGCUGCAACAGCAUGAAGCACAACAGACAAGCCCCACCUUCAGAUUUGCAGAAAACUAACUUGACUUCUUGUGCUUUAUAUUUGUAUUGACUGUAUGUAUGUUGGCCUGGAUGAGUCUAUAACACUGUAUUUGUGAAUGGUUGUUAGAGACUCCAUCUCAGUCACUGCAAGCUUGAUGACAAAGACCUUAUUUACUGUAAAAUGACUUGUGUUGUGUUUUUGAGGUAAAUGUGAGUGGGAAUUGGUGGUGCUUGCCUGGGUGUGAAUAAGGAGCCCAAUCUAGGCAAAAAAAAAUCUUUUUCAGAGCUGUAUGAUUAUUUCCAAUUAAUCAAUACGCUCACUUUUGUCAAACCAGCAUUAUGGAAUAAUGUGGAUAGAUAGAUAGAUAGAUAGAUAAUGUGCAUUCAUAGUGCUUUUUAGGUUUGUUUACAUGUUGUCAAAACAAGAAGAAAACUGUAGAAUUAACAAUGUUUUUAUCUGACAAACAGACAAUGCAAAGAUGUUCACUCACUGUACAAGAUUGGUUAUACAAGCCUUGUACAUUCAUUUUGUCAAACUGCCAUGAUCCACUCCUGGCUUUCCUUACUCACUGUCAGUUCUGCUAGUACUUUACAACCACCCUCACCUGAUUUAAAACCACUUUUUCCACUCACUCUCAGUCUCCUGCUUUCUUGGAUUCCCUCCCCGGAGGUUUCUGCUGGAGAGUUGGGACUGUUUUGGCUGGCUCUGUUGUGGAUUAUUUCCAGUGUACCUGUUGUGAAUUUUUUUCAACCCUGUUUUGCCAAUAAACUGU